AUGGGACACGAGGGAGGCAGCCUUGAGGCUUGUCAUUUACCGUCAAGACGUGUCCCGAGCCUAGCCGCAAACCCUAGCCGACGCAAUCGCCGCUGCCCACGCUUCUGCCAGCCCGCUGCAGCAUUUGAAUCACUCAAAAGGUACUCUCCCCGCGCUCUCCCGCACCGCAGGUCGAAGACUGACCUGCUCGCCACGACGUCCCUCCAGCAGCCCAAGCUCCUCCAGUCGAGACUCGCUAGGCGCCUCCGCGGCUCCCUGCUAGGCUCGGCCUUCGUCCGCUCAUCCCGCGCCCUCGUCCGCCGCGACCGCGCGCAUACCGAGACAGAAGCCACCGACGAUUUCCAGCUCGUCGAUCGCGAGGAUCCGCCCACCCCGCAAGAUCCCCCGCGUCGCUCGGCCCAGUCCUCGCGCACAUCAUUCACCGUCAAUCUCACUCAGGUCGAGGAACAUAAUCCGCCGAUCCAACCGCGCCCGCGGUCCCUACUAGCACGUAUCAAGACCCGGCUUAGCCGUUCAUACAGCUGCCGACGCAAGCCUCAAUCCGUAGUCCUCGAGUUCCCUGCUCCGCCCACCCAUCUCCCCGAACAACCCCCUUGUCUUCCCGCUAUUUUACCAGCGAAGAAGACCAGCACCCAUCACAGCGUUCGCAGUGUCCGUCCCCCGUCGUCUGAAGCCCAUUCCGAGCGCCAGCUGCCUGAACCUCAGUCAGUACACGAGGUCGACCGUCCCGCAACUUCGGACGAGCCUGAAUCUAGCCACCCGGACGACUUUGAGCGCGUCGAUCCCGCCAGUCUCACAGCAUCCCCGUCCUUCCCUAUCAUCUUCAGCAUCUCCAGAACCUCUUCAGGAGCAUCCUUCAUUCCGGCAACUCCAUCUUGGUUGAGUAGGAACGUCCUUAUUCGUCGUUCGUCCUCCCAAACGACCGUAUCGCGCGACAUACCGGAAUCGCGACCUAUAAACCCAACACCGCCUUCAACUCCAUCAACACCCGGCACACCAGGAAGCCCGCCGCUUCCCAUCCCACCGAAGCUCGUCGUCACCUCACACGAGGACUCACCGCCACUUUCUCCCCUCGACCUUACACGCGAGGAGUUCAUAACACCCCGCGAAUCAUUCCUCUGCAGGUCUGAUUCACACCGACGCUCGUCCCAGUCCCUCACACCCCGCGUCUCCCGGGCCUCGCUCCACAUCCACCGCCUUUCGUGGCGCAAUUCGUACUGCGAGCGCACCGGAAUCGUCCACUCUGAGCUCCUGCUUCGAACCGACGUUCCCUCGAGCCACGAGGACUCCACGCCUUCUCCCACCAGCGACCUCACCGCGACCUCCCCCACCGUCGCCGACACACCCGAAACACCCGCACGCUACAUCCAGCACCGCGUCUACUUCCCUACGCCCGACCCCAACGAGGACGACAGCCCGCCGCAUAUCACGCUCUCGCCUGAUCUGUGGAACGCCUACGUGACGAUCCUAUCUGAGACCCGACAGAACUCGCCCUUGCUUCAGCCACAACGCACGAUGGAUUUCACGGGCAGUAAACGGAAUGAUGUCGUCGAUAUCGGCGGCGAUUUUGACUAUUCUGGAAUGAAGUGGUUCCAGGAUGCGCCACCGAGAGAGGCGCCGCCACCACCGCAGGCGAUGUACAACCCCUCACCAGCCGUUGUCGAGCAGAACGAGGCCUUCGAGUUUGCUCUGCGAUCAGCACCGAAUGUACUUUACGCAAGAUAUAAACAAUACGGCCAAGUGAGCAAACAAGGUACCCUUGCCGAUCGCACCACCGACGCGUGCCCACAGCUCGGCGUCCUCGCUUGGUGUUCAGAGUUUUCAGAACUCAUCGACGCGCUGAAAGAGCUCGGCUUCCAAGGGAACAUGUUUGUCGCAACACGCUCACAAGCGCUACGAACAUGUGAAGAGAUCAUGCGACUAAAGCUGGAUAUUGAAAUGCAGAUCAUCGUCAUGUACUUGUCAAGCCAGGUCGCGCGACUACGCCGAUUCCUGGAUAGCGAGGGGCAGUGGAACGACUACCCGAUACCACAAUUCCCCCUCGAACCCAGGCAGUACACAUAGUGCCGCGUUGAUCGCUGGCCAGUUAUGACUAUCUUCAGUACUCUCAUGGAUCCUCUAUCCUCACUUCUUAGUUUUACUCAUCACUUCUCUCUGUCUCGCUCAUGUCUUGUGCGCAGGAAUACUCCGUGUACUCUUACUACCCUCUAUGCACUUUCCGCAGACGCCCACAUACGAUCAGCUCCCUUUACGCCCUUGCCACGCAUCUCAUGUAUUCAUGCUCGCACUGCUCGCAUAUUUUGUAUUUUUGCUUUGCGCUAUGUAGCAAGACAUCCCAAUUUUCUUUUCUUCGUGC